AUGGCACUGGCUUGCACAUCCACCACCCACGUCCCACCCGGCCUCUUCAUAUUUCACUUACACCCUUCAAUUUCAAGCUUAUUUUGUUUCUUAAAAUCGACUUUUCCUUCUCUCUCUCUCUUCUUCUCUCUCUCUCUCUCUCUCUCUCUCUCUCUGUGUUUCUUUCCCUUCUCGCUUAUCUCUCUAAUUCGAUCAGUUCCUGUCUAUAUCAGUCUAUUCCUAUCUAUCUAUCUAUCUAUCUAUCUAUCUGAGUCAAUUUCUAUCUAUCUAUCUAUCUAUCUAUCUAUCUAUCUAUCUAUCUAUCUAUCUAUCUCAGUCCGUUCAUAUCUAUCUUCUAUUCCUAUCUAUCUAUCUAUCUAUCUAUCUAUCUAUCUAUCUAUCUAUCUAUCUAUCUCACUUCUUUCAUAUAUAUAUAUCUAUCUGUCUACUCCUAUCGAUCGAUCAAUCUAUCUAUAUCAGUCUAUAUCUAUCUAUCAAUCGAUCUAUCUCACUCUAGUCCUUUCUAUCUAUCUCAGUCCAUUCAUAUCUAUCUAUCUAUUCCUAUCGAUCGAUCGAUUGAUUAAUCUAUAUCACCUAUUCCUAUCUAUCUAUCUAUCUAUCUAUCUAUCUAUCUAUCUAUCUAUCUCACUCUAUGCCUAUCUAACUAUCAAUCGAUCUAUCUCACCCUAUUCCUUUCUUUCUAUCUAUCUAUCUAUCUAUCUAUCUAUCUCAGUCCGUUCAUAUCUAUCUAAGGCCGGAGCGUACAACGGCCGAAACUCUUGCUCCCUCACUCACUCUUCCUCUCUUUUAUUUCUGUUGGCUUUCUUCUUUGAUACUCGCAAUUAUUCUCUCUGCCUAUCUCAAAAUCUUAUGUCACUUUAUCUCUCUCUCUCUCUCUCUCUCUCUCUCUCUUUCACCUACUUUUAUCUCUCCCCUCUCUUUCUCUGUCUCUCUUCCUUCCGCUCUUGUCUUUCCACUUUAGGUUACUCGCAAUUAUUCUCUCUCUCUUUCUCUAUCUUAACAUCUUACGUCGCUUUCUCUCUCUCUCUCUCUCUCUCUCUCUCUCUCUCUCUCUCUACGUUUUUCUCUUGCUCCCCCACUCACUUUCUCAUUCUCUUUCUAUCUUACGUCGGUUUCUCUCUCUCUUUCUCAUACUUUACUUUAUUUCCUUCUUUCUCCUUCUCCCUUCCUCUCUUACUCCCUCACUCUCUCUUUCUCUCUCUUUCUGUCUCUCUCUCUUUCUGUCUCUCUCUCUUUCUCUUGCCUUUCUUCUUUGUUACUCGCAAUUAUUCUCUUCUUCUGUAUCUCAAAAUUCUACGUCGCUUUCUAUCUCUUUCUCGUAAUUUUCUCUCUCCCUCUCUCUAUCCUCCUCCCUCUCUUGCUCCCUCACUCUCUCUUACUUUUCCUUUAUUAGGUUACUCGCGAUUAUUCUCUCUCUCUCUUCCUUCCUCUCUUCUCCUUUAUCUCUCUGUCUCUCUUUCUGUUCACUUUCAUUUUUUGCUACUCGCAAUUAUUCCAUCUAUUUUUGCUUCUCUCUCUCUCUCUCUCUCUCUCUUACUAUCUCUGUCUCUCUCUCUCUUACUUUCUCUCUUUCUCUCUCUCCCUUACUGUACGGCCCUUCUUCCACUCACUCUUUCUUUCUCUCUCUCUCUUUAUUAUCUAUCUAUCUAUCUAUCUAUCUCACUAGCUGUAUAUCUAUCUGUUCUCUAUCUAUCUCUAUUCAUAUAUCUAUCUAUCAGUCUAUUCAUAUCUAUCUAUCUCAGUGUGUUCAUAUAUUUAUCUAUCUUACUCAGUGUUCAUAUCUAUCUCAGUCUGUUAUCUAUCUAUCUAUCUAUCUCUGAGUCAUAUCUAUCUUUACAUAUCAUCUAUCUAUCUAUCUAUCUUUAUAUAUAUAUCAUCUAUCUGUUCUAUAUCUAUCUAUCUAUCUAUCUAUCUAUCUCAGUCUAUUCAUCUAUCUAUCUCAGUGUGUUCAUAUCUAUCUAUCUAUCUAUCUAUCUAUCUAUCUAUCUAUCUAUCUGUCAUUGUCUGAUCUGUCUGUCUAUCUAUCUAUCUAUCUAUCUAUCUAACUCCAGUCUGUUCAUAUCUAUCUAUUCUAUCUAUCUAUCUAUCUAUCAUCUAUCUAUGUUCUAUCUAUCUAUCUAUCUAUCUAUAUCUAUAUCUAAGUCUGUUCAUAUCUAUCUAUCUAUCUAUCUAUCUAUCUAUCUAUCUAUCUAUCAUAUCUAUCUAACCCAGUCUGUUCAUAUCUAUCUAUCUAUCUAUCUAUCUAUCUAUCUAUCUAUCUAUCUAUCUAUCUAUCUAUCUAAGUCUGUUCAUAUCUAUCUCAAUCUAGCAACUCUGUUCAUAUCUAUCUAUCUGUCUGAGUCUGAGUCUAUAGUCAUAGCUUUAUAUCAGUCUAUUCAUAUCUAUCUAGGUAGCUAUAUCAGUCUGUUCAUAUCUAUCUAUCUAUCUAUCUAUCUAUCUAUCUAUCUAUCUAUCUAUCUAUCUCAGUCUAUUCAUAUCUUUCUAUAUCAGUCUAUUCAUAUCUAUCUAUCUAUCUCAGUCUAUUCAUAUCUUUCUAUAUCAGUCUAUUCAUAUCUAUCUAUCUAUCUAUCUCAGUCUAUUCAUAUCUUUCUAUAUCAGUCUAUUCAUAUCUAUCUAUCUAUCUAUCUAUCUCAGUCUAUUCAUAUCUAUCUAUAUCACACUCGACGUUUCCACAUCAGCGAGCAACCAAGGAGGAAGACGUAUUUACCACUCAGUUCCCCCUCUCAUCUAUCCACCGAUGCUUCUUCUACCUACACCCUAAAUCCAAAAUGGCGGUCUCUCUUUCAAGAUCUCAGAACCGCCCAAAGAGCUUUCGAGAAAUGCGUUUGUUCAUAUCUAUCUAUCUAUCUAUCUAGCCGAGUUCUUUUCUAUCUAUCUAUCUAUCUAUCUAUCUAUCUAUCUAUCUAUCUAUCUAUCUAUCUAUCUAUCUAUCUCUUUGUCUGUCUGUUUGUCCUCCUGUCUGUCUGUUUAUCUACCUCUUUAAAGAAAAUCUCGAUACAUCUUUGGUCUAUUGACCUAUCUAGUCGUCUGCCAAUCGAUCUGCUUUGGUCUCUUCUUUAUCCAUCGGCCUCUCAAUCAAUCGAUUUUGCUUCGUCCAUAUGUAAAUAUCUGACAUAA